GUCUAGGAAUGGCCUCUGUCUUCCCUUCCUGUUCUGAAGAGAACCUUUCCUGUCCCAUCUGUCUGGAGGUGUUAAAUUGCCCCGUUUCUACACCAUGUGGACACAACUUCUGUAGAACCUGUAUUGAAACAAGCUGGAGUGGCCAAUACUCCUAUAAAUGUCCUCUUUGCAAUAAGGUUUUUGAAAUAAGACCUGAUUUACAGGUCAAUUUCCUCAUCACAGAUCUGUCCGAUCAGUUUAGAUCACGCUUACAAGUGAAUGAGCAACACUGUGCUAAACCAGGAGAUGUUCCCUGUGACGUCUGUAAUGGGACCAAGCUGAAAGCUGUGAAGUCCUGCCUAGCGUGUCUCAUCUCUUACUGCCACACCCACCUGGAGCCUCAUCAGAGAGUCCCAGGCCUGAAGAGACAUCAGCUGGUCGACCCCAUGGACCGACUGGAAGACAGGAUUUGUAAGAAACACAGCCAGCUUCUGGAGCUCUUCUGCCAUACUGAACAGUUGUUUGUGUGUCAGUCCUGCAUAGUGAUGGACCACAAGUUCCAUCCUGUUGUACCUAUAAGGGAGGAAUACGAGGAGAAGAUGAAACUUCUGUGGAAGAUACAUUUUGGAGUUGAGCAGAUGAUCCAAGGCAGAGAACAACAGAUUCACGAGAUCCAUUCUGGAAUAUAUGUAACAGAGAACCAAGCCGAAAGCCUCAUUGUCGAGCUGGUGGAGGAAAUAACUUUACUGACCAGUGAAUGCUCAGAGAUGAUGCAGGUCUCACAGACUGAAGACCCCCUCCACUUCCUCCAGGCCUUCAGGAUCCCGGAGAAUCUGCUACACUUCAGGGACUGGACGACGGUGGAGGUCUGUCCUCAGCCAGACGUACGGACGGUGAGCAGAGCCCAGGUUCAGCUGGAGGAGACGCUGAACGUGAGGACGGAGAACCCACGAGACCUGAAAGCAGCCCUAGAGAAGUAUGCCCGUGAACUCACACUGGACCCAAACACAACCCACAGAGACCUCACUCUGUCUGAUGGCAACAGAAAGGUGACGUGGACAGGAAAAUAUCCUGAUCACCCAGAUAGAUUUGACACAUGGCCCCAGGUGUUGUGUAGAGAGGGUCUGACUGGCCGCUGUUACUGGGAGGUAGAGUGCGAAGGACUUGUUGAGGUAGGAAUGACAUACAUAGGAAUCAUUAGGAGAGGAAUGGUAGAUGGCAGCCGGCUUGGAUGGAACAACAAGUCCUGGAGUCUUCGUUGUUAUGGUAAUCGAUACACUGCCUGGUACAAAGGUAGUGUAACAGUCUUACAGCUCUCCCCCGCUGGCUCUAACAGAGUAGGAGUGUAUCUGGACCGGCCUGCUGGCUCUCUGUCCUUCUACAGAGUGUCCCCAGGUGGAGGAGGGUCCUCAGACACACUGACACACCUCCACACCUUCCGGUCCACCUUCACCCAGGAGGACCUCCUACCUGGCUUUCAUUUGAAGCCUGAUUCCUCAGUGUCUCUCUGUCGGUUGUAGCAACAUACAUAAACACACAAACAUACACACACACACACCGAGGUAGUCUGACGUCACGACCUCAGGGCCCCGGCGGCAUGGAGUGUGGAGGUCUGUCCGGCCAGCGGCGUUCCUAAUACCAGCGUCUGAGUGAGGGUGGAGAUUCCCGGACACCUUUAGUAUAUCGCUAGGGUUUGUGGGGCAUUUCACACACAUAAAUAUUAAAUAAAUAAAUAUUAUGAAAUUAAAACAAUACUACAUAUUAUUCUGUAUAUAUUUAGCUUCCUCUACCGUUAAAGAUAUUGAUAAAGGGUUAGGGUUAUAAUUUUAUUCAUUCAUUCAUUCUGUAGUAUGUCUGUAUGAAAAGCUUAUGAUUAUUUCUGUACAAACUCAAUCUCUGUCACUAUAUAUGGAACUGAUCUGUAUGAUUUCCUGGUCCUUAACUGGAAACAAACAGGGUCACAGGACGGAAUAGAUGGUGUACUAUAUGUGUUCAGGCCUUCACUCUUCAACCUAACAUGUACAUAAGAUGUGAUUCUUCUCAUCGACAGGACAAUAUUCCUUUUUGUUGUUUUGUUGUGACUACUAGAUGGGUGUGGGACUAAUUUCUUCAUACAUUUUUAUUAAUUAAU